AUGAUGCCGCCCUCUGCGGAGCCGGCUCAACAUACACCGUACACCAUCUCGGAGGCCUCCGAGAUGGCGCGCACAGUCAGCUCAGUUUCCCACGCCGCCCACGAUGACCUGGCGCGCUCGCAGUCGCCCAACAGCGCGCUCCAGGGCAUGCCCGUCGGCGCGGGCCUGGAUGGCCAGGUCGUCGACCUCGAAAAGCACGCCGAGCCUACGCCUCAGGAGCGCAAGAUGGAGGCCGCCGGCGAUGUCAUCUGGGUCGAGUUUGAGGACAACGACCCCGAGGAUCCCUUUAACUUUUCGACGCGCCGGAAGUGGAUCAUCACCUGCCUCGCCGUCUUCUUCACCGCCGAGGUGGCCGCCACCGCCUCCGCCUACGUACCCGGCAUCCCCUCGAUGGAGCGAGACCUCAACGUCACCAACCACACCAUGUCGCUCCUCGGCAUCUCGAUCUACGCCCUCGGCUUCGCCAUCCCGCCCCUCGUCCUCGCGCCCCUCUCCGAAGUGUUUGGCCGCAACCCCAUCUACCUCGUCUGCCACCUCUGCUACACCGUCCUCUUCAUCGGCGUGGGCGCCGCCCAGAACAUCCAGACCGUCCUCAUCUGCCGCUUCCUUAGCGGCGCCUUUGGCUCCACCGGGUCCACCAUGGUCGGCGGCACGAUCGCAGACAUCUUCCGCUCCUCGGAACGCGGCCAGCCCAUGGCACUCUUUGCCACCGCCGCCAUCUUCGGCACCGGCUUCGGGCCCGUCUGGGCCGGCUGGGUCGAGCAGAACUCGUCGCUCGAGUGGCGCUGGAUAGCGUGGAUUCAAGCGAUCUACACAGGCGUUGGCUUCAUUGUGAUCGCCUUCUUCCUCAAAGAGACGCGCGGCGGCAUCAUCCUCACGCGUCGAGCGCACCGACUCCGCAAGACGACGGGUGACCAGCGCUACCGGGCGAGGGCCGAAGAGGAGCGCGCCUCGGUGCCCAUCCUCAUCAAGAACAGCCUGACCCGCCCGCUCCUCUUCCUCUUCACCGAGCCCAUCGUCACCUUCUUCUCGCUCUGGGUCAGCUUCACCUGGGGCUUCCUCUACCUGCUUCUGAGCUCCAUCGGCUUCGUCUCGGCGCUGCACAAUUACACUCCUGGCCAGAAUGGCCUCGUCUUCCUGUCCAUUUGCUUCUCAGCCAUCCUCGGCAACCUGCUCAACCCGCUCCAGGAGCGCAUGUACGCCCGCAACUUCCCCAAGCGCGGACCAGAGGCACGCCUCUACUCGGCCUGCGUCGGCGCCGUAGCCUUCCCGGUCGGCUGCUUCAUCUACGGCUGGACCAGCUAUAGCCACGUCAGCAUGGCGGGACCGAUCGUCGGCGUCGUCGUGCUCAUGACUGGCGUCUAUCACAUCUACCUGGCCUGCUUCAACUUCCUCAGCGACAGCUACUUGACCUACGCCUCGUCGGCGCUGGCGGCGCAAAGUUUUGCGCGCAACAUGUUUGCCUUUGCCUUUCCGCUCUUCGUCAAGCCGAUGUACGAGCACCUUGGCUACCAGUGGGCCAGCUCGCUCGCGGGCUUUGUCGGCCUCGCCCUCGGCACAGUCCCGUUCAUCCUCUUUGGCUACGGCAAGAGCAUCCGCGCCAAGUCCAAGGUCUACCAGCAGCUGCAGAGGGACGCAGAGGAGCGAGCGAGGAAGACGUCGUCGUCGUCAUGA